AUGGCAGCCAAGAGGCCUUCUGUCGUGGAAGGCAACACUCCUGGUAAACCAUCGUGUAAGCGAACAGUAAAAGGCACUUCUAGGAAAAGCCUCUUUGGAUCGGAGGACGAUGAGAUACGGAAGAUACGUGCGAGUGGUUGGACAGAAAAGGAGGAAUCCUGUUUAGUUCAAUACAUAUGCCUGUUUUGGAGCAAUGCUUAUUCUGACGAAUGGCCAACAACAAAAGAUAUGGGAUUCUGGAAUGCUUGUGCAGAGGCUGUCAAUAAUGCUUGCAACUCAACAAGAACAGAUUUGUCAUUUAUUCAACUUAAAGGGCAGUUUACACUUGCAAUUUUUGCUGCAAUUUUUGGUGCGAUUUUCUUCUGAUUGAUGUGAAUGCCAGAGUGGAUGAAGACACAUAUACUCAGAACAUUAUUCAUUCUUAACUUAUCUACUCAUUCACAUGCAUCAGUUAAGUAGAAAAUCACACUACAAAUUGUAGCAAAAAUUACAAGUCUAAACAGACCUUUAGACAGUCUUUAACUCUCAAAUGCUUCAUGUGGUUAAUAAGGUUUAUGUUUGGGGGCAGGGCUCAGUUUUAUUUUAUAAAACUACAUAUUGAGUUCCGGUGUUGAAUGAAUAUCCACUGUGAAUAAGCAGGCUGGUGAAUCAGAUAGAUUUCUAUGAUAAAUUUUUCAAAAUGUAUAACAUUACUUUUUUCUUGACAGGUGGAGCAUGUCGUACAAGGGUAAAUAAGCACUUUUCUAUGAUAAAUUUUUCAAAAUGUAUAACAUUACUUUUUUCUUGACAGGUGGAGCAUGUCGUACAAGGGUAAAUAAGCACCUGGCUGUAAGGUACACAACAUUGUCUCAGGCUGAAGAAUUCUUACAAAUUGAUUACAUGUCAAAUGAUUUUGGUUGCUACAACACUGAAUGCAAAUCACCAUCUCCUAAACCAACUACCUCCAUUGAUGAUCUCUUAUCGACUUUAUCCCCUGUGUUUAAAUCCUCACCAAUUCCCAAGCAAGAGAAUAAAGCUCCUCAAUAUGUUGGUGAUGUUGUCCAGACAUUUUUAAAGUGUUUUCAAGGUUCGAUGUCAUCAAGGUUAAAAAUGCAAAUCAUGAACUACAUCUUUAAAUUGGUAUUAGUAGACAUCGGUGGAAUGGAAUACCUAAACUAUGUCUCUCCAGACUUUCUGAACAUAUGUUUCAGUUCAAUGAAGACAUUACAGGAGGAAAAGAAGCAUAAUCUAAUUCUAGAGUUGGGCAAGUGUUUCGAAAGAACGGAUGUGAAUCGUCGGUGCAGAAUGCCACUCGAUAGAAUGCCCUUUGGUCUUCUGGACUAUAAUAUUCGGGGUUUUUCAUCUAAUCGAACAAAUGCAUUAGGGUAUGAGGAACAUUACGGUUCAUGGCUUGAUACAAUGUUCUCCCAGUUUGGACAUAAAUGGUUGUGUCUUCAUAGAGGUCCAGCAUGGCAAUAUGAAGUGGAUGAAGCAGACGUCAAAGCAGAUGCCAACACUGCUGUUAAAAAUAAUGGAGAUGCCAGCACUGCUGUCGAAGAUACAGUAGAUGCCAAUGAUGAAACAGGAUUGAAUUCACUCAUGGAAAAAGCACUUCAGCAAAGUGGAAUUGACCUAAACACCUAUGAUGGAGAUGUUAAUGAUUUACAUGCUGCAGAGAAUAUGUUUCAGCAGUCAUCAUUACAAGAUGUGGAUUACGAUGAAUCACUUGAAACAUUGGAAAGCUCUUUUGCAGAAUUGGAAAGCUCUUUGGCAGAAUUCACACUUUCGAGUGGUUCAUCGUUAGAAAGUAGUUCAUCCAUGAAUGUUGGUGAGAAUUCCAGAAUAUGUGUGUCAGGUAAUGCCUUUCUAUAUAACUAUUUGGCAAAGGUUACUUUCAGGAUUGUAUAGCAACACAUUACCAGACUGAAGUUGGAAUAAUAUAACUUAUUGGAUUCAUAUGAGCCCAAUAUUAAGCAGAGACUUCAAUAUUGAAGUCAAGACCUAAAAUGUUGCCAUAAUAUGCAAAAAGAAAUCCAAUAGGUGUUUUAACAAUAUCUAAGUGGUGGAAAAAACAUAUUUAACCCUUUAAUGCGCAAUGCUCCCCCAUGUGUCCUACUUUUAAAUAGUAUUUAUUCUGUUUAUAUUGAUAUUUAUUUGUCAAGGGAAGAGUCUUGGACAUUAAUGGUUUAAUGUUCCAAUUCCUUUUCUUUACUUUGACAUAUUGUUUGUUGCGUAUUUAAAAUUGGAAACAACAGCUGAAAUGAUUUUAUAAACUAGGAAAAAAGCCACAAUAAGCUUACUGUCGAAUAUACUCAUUUUUAGUACUCUCCUGUCCAAAAUCAUAAAAUAUCAGAUCGGCAUGUGACCAUUUUUAAAACUUGUGACUGGUUAAUUGAAUGCGAAAGUAAUACUAUAACAUAUGAUAUUAUUAUUAUUAUAUGAUAUAAGAUAUGUAUUAUUACUGUAUUAUUCAGAAGAGAGCGUUUCAACUGUCGACUCUGCAACAAACCAGCUGAUAAAUCUUUCACACUUAUGGACCUAUGCAACAGACUGUGAGCAGAUUGAAAUAAUGCAUGGAAAUGCUGGACCGGUUCAAAUGGAGAAGCACCAUCAGGUUCGCCCAACCAAAUCCAAAGUCGUGAAACGUCAUCCAGCCAUCUUCAAUCCAUUAAAAGUAAGAUUAUUGUUAUAUGUGCUGUGUAAUGAUUGGAGAUUGUGCCAGAUUAUUGUAUUUGGCAGCGUUUGGAAUUGACUGCUAUAUAAUGAGUUAAUCAAUCCAUCAUGACAGGCAUCAUGGCAGUUUUAAAAAUUCGAGAAUGGAUUUACUUGGGAGUCAACUAUUUUUAUUCUCCUUUUCAGGGCAAGAUUAAUGUUGCUAGUUUGGGACCUAGAGCUUUACAAAAACGUGUCAAGUCUUCAGGUUUCUCAAGAACAGUUGAUGUGCAAGUGAGUAGAGCAAGUGAUUUAGUGUUUUUCCACCAUUAUUUCAACUCUAAAAAGUUACAGUCGAAUCGGGUGUUCUCUUGCGAGCAACAUUGCAAUAUUGUCCCACAAUAUUGCAAUUUUGGUAGGCAAAUUGCUCUGAGCAAAUUGCAACCGACGCGAACAAAUUGCAAGUUGAAAAUCCACAAAAGAUUUGUAAACAAAGCCUCUGAUUGGAUUAUAAGAAAGAGGGAAGCCAAUCAAAUAGUCUGAGUAACUGGAUUGGUGCUUCCCUCUUUCUUAUAGUCUGUUUACAAAUCUUUUGUGAAUUUUAACUUGCAAUUUGUUCGCGUCGGUUGCAAAUUGCUCAGAGUAAUCUGCCUAUCAAAAUUGCAGUAUUGUUGGACAAUAUUGCAAUGUUGCUUGCAAGAGAACAGUUUGACUGUAAUUCAUAUUGUUGUCUGACUUUCUAAUGUCAUUAAUGAGAAUACUAAUAACAUAAUAUUUGCUGUGUUGGUGUAGUGUACUCAGGUGAAUAAGAUGCUUGUGAUGUUACUCUGAGUGUGUAUCCACACCGGGCAGGCUUGAAAAAUAUGCUAGUAUUCCAAAGGUCGUAGGUUCGAAUCCCACCGUGGCCAGGCAUAUUUUUCAAGCCUGCCCGGUGUGGAUACACACUCAGAGUAACAUCACAAGCAACUAAUAACAUAUUUUGUAAGAUAUGUAUUAAGUAAAACUGAUGCACAAGGUCUGUAAGCUAAUUUCAAAAAUAUACGGUAGAUAGUAAGUAUAAUAUUGUGUGUUGUGAUGCAGGUUUGCAGUAACAUUUGCACAAAUGUUAAAAUUCUCACUUUCCUCUUACUGUAGAUGAAAGUCUUGAAGCAAGCUCAAAAAAGCAUCAGUAAUGGUCGGUGGUGGAUCAAAGCUGAUGCCUGUGAUGUUCGAAAGGGACUGCGGGAAAGUAUGCGGGGAAUUUGGGAAGGUGACGAAGAUUUUGGCGACGGUUUGCUGCAGCAAAUGUAUAGUGAAUACAAGUCACGGAAGUCAGUAGUGGAUGGUAUAGGAACAUCCAACAAGUUAGGCUCAAUGUGUAGUGAUUUGGAGAAAGUCAAGAAAGAGGUGUGUGACGAUUUUGAGUUCCUGACAGAAGGAAAUAAACAGUCCAACAAACUCUAUAAUCAAGUCCUCGAAAAAAAGGACAUUCAACCGAAAAGAAAUUGA